AUGCCUUCACUCCAGCGACCUCUCACCCGCGGCGUCUAUACCGCCAGUUUAGUGUUUUUCCAUCCAAAUUCGGAGGACAUUGACGUCGAAGCAAUUCGCAAACAUACCAUCAACCUUGCCAAUGCCGGCAUUACUGGAUUCGUUGUCAUGGGUUCCAAUGGCGAGGCACCGCACUUAUCCAUCGAAGAGCGAGGCGCUGUCGUUCGUGAAACUCGCAGUGCUUUGGAUUCAAUUGGGAAACCCGAUUAUCCCAUCAUCACCGGGUGUUCUGAGCAAUCAGUGAGAGGAACUGUCAACCUUUGUCGACAAGCCGCUGCAGCCGGGAGCGACUACGCGUUGGUGCUCCCUCCAUGCUACUUCCGCGGUGGCAUGACUCCCGGUGUCAUCGAAGACUUUUACAAGGACGUUGCGGAUCAGUCACCCAUUCCUAUCAUUUUAUACAGUUUCCCAGCUGUGGUCUCCGGGAUUGACUUGAGUUCAGAUCUCCUUAUCCGGGUGUCACAGCAUCCGAACGUGGUCGGGACCAAGUUCACCUGUGCUGAUACAGGGAAGCUCAAUCGAGUAGCCUCAGCAAUGGAAAAGAGCGGACCUUAUUCCACUUUCGGUGGCCUAGCAGAUUUCAUUUUACCUGCACUGGUUUCAGGGGCCACCGGUGUCAUCGCGGGUGGUGGAAAUAUUGCUCCCCAGACAUGUGUUCGGGUCUUUCAGUUGUGGCAAGACGGAAAAUUGAAAGAGGCACAAGAGUUGCAGCGGGUUUUGGCGACAGGUGAUUGGGAACAUACCAAGAUGGGGAUUUCAGGUACAAAGGCUAUUUUAGAGCAACACGUCGGCUAUGGGGGUGUUCCCAGACGUCCCCUCAAGGGGAUUGAUGACGCUUCCAUGAGUGGCAUGUUGGAAUCAAUCAAGCCGUUGAUGGAUCUGGAAUCGAGGUUGAGUAAGUUGUAG